AUGGCGUUUUGGUGGCCUCUGAUCGUCCUCGCUUUUGCAUACGCCAUUUGUAGGUUCCUCUUGAUGCUCAUCCCUCCCAAUGUCCCUUCCAUUGAAGUCGACGCUUCUGACGUGUUGGACGACGGGAAUCAGACGCAGGAGAACAGCUUCAUCUAUGUACCUCCAAGGGGAAGGACAGCGCAGUCGGAGACCAAGGUUCAGUGCUAUGAACCCGCAACCAUGAAGUACUUGGGAUAUUACCCUGCAUUGACAACUGAUGAGGUCAAGGAGCGGGUAUCGCUAGCAAGGAAGGCGCAGAAAACAUGGGCGAAGAGUAGCUUCAAGCAAAGACGUCUGUUUCUUCGGAUUCUUCUCAAGUAUAUAAUAGAGCACCAAGAUCUUAUAUGUGAGAUAUCUUCACGUGAUACGGGGAAGACAAUGGUGGAUGCGUCUUUAGGGGAGAUAAUGACAACAUGUGAGAAGAUCACUUGGCUUCUUUCAGAGGGUGAACGGUGGCUAAAGCCUGAAUACCGAUCUUGUGGAAGAUCAAUGAUUCACAAGAGAUCUAAAGUUGAAUUCCACCCUCUUGGAGUUGUUGGUGCCAUUGUAUCAUGGAAUUACCCUUUUCACAAUAUCUUUAAUCCAAUGCUGGCAGCAGUUUUUUCGGGAAAUGGCAUUGUGAUUAAGGUUUCAGAACAUGCAAGCUGGUCUGGAUGCUUCUACUUUCGCAUAAUCCAAUCUGCCCUUGCUGCCGUAGGAGCUCCUGAAAAUCUAGUUGACGUCAUAACAGGGUUUUCUGAAACUGGCGAAGCACUUGUGUCUUCUGUUGACAAGUUAAUUUUUGUUGGAUCACCGGGUGUGGGUAAGAUGAUAAUGAGAAAUGCUGCUGAUACACUUACACCAGUUACACUUGAACUGGGUGGAAAAGAUGCUUUUAUCGUAUGUGAAGAUGUAGAUGUGGAACAUGUUGCCCAAAUUGCUGUGAGAGCUGUUCUUCAGUCAAGUGGACAGAACUGUGCUGGGGCUGAGAGAUUCUAUGUUCACAAGGACAUUUACUCUUCAUUCGUCAAUCAAGUGUCUAAGAUUGUGAAAUCUGUUUCAUCUGGCCCACCACUUGCUGGAAAGUAUGAUAUGGGUGCUAUAUGUAUGCAAGAGCACUCUGAAAGGCUUCAAAACCUUGUAAAUGAUGCCUUAGACAAAGGUGCAAAACUUGUUGUGAGGGGAAGUUUUGGCCACAUAGGUGAAGAUGCAGUUGAUCACUUUUUUCCGCCCACUGUGAUUGAAAAUGUAAAUCACACGAUGAAGUUGAUGCAAGAGGAGGCAUUUGGACCAAUCAUGCCAAUAAUGAAGUUUAGCACCGAUGAAGAGGCUGUCAAACUAGCCAAUGACUCAAAAUACGGUCUUGGUUGUGCUGUUUUUUCCGGCAGCCAGCGUCGCGCUAGAGAGAUAACUUCCCAGAUACAAUGUGGAGUUGCUGCAAUUAAUGAUUUUGCAUCAAAUUACAUGUGUCAGUCCCUGCCAUUUGGUGGUGUAAAAGACAGUGGAUUUGGAAGAUUUGCUGGUGUUGAAGGAUUGCGAGCAUGUUGUCUUGUAAAAUCAGUUGUCGAGGAUAGAUGGUGGCCCUAUAUCAAAACCAAGAUACCAAAGCCUAUUCAGUAUCCUAUUGGAGAGAAUGGUUUCGAGUUCCAGGAGUCACUUGUUGAAGCACUCUAUGGCCUGAACAUUUGGGACCGGUUGCGAGCAUUGGUCACUGUUCUAAAGAUCCUUACUGAUCAAAACAAUCAUGCUGGCACCACCGGCAAGAGAAAAGAUGACUGAGCAGGUCGUGAUGGUUGGAGCAUUUACAUGGGUUAACAUAGAGAUAUUUUGGAUUUUGAGUUCCCCUUAUGAUAUCUCAGAAGUCGGGGAUAUUUUUGGGAAUUGCUUCCUUUUCCUUUUUCUUGGUCCACUAUUUUGUUUGAGUUGCAUAAUCAGAAUACAUUCCCUACAAACAUCUUGUCAUUUGAAGGAAGUUAUGAUUGGAAAUGUAGAAAACAGAAAAGUUUCAUUUGCCU